UUUUUUGUUGUUUACAAUUUGACCUCAACAACAAUUCAAUCGUUUCAUUUUGUUAACUAUUAACUGUUAAUUGUUUAAUUAGUUUUUAGUUUACUGGUCAAUUGUGUUGCAUCGAAAUGACCUCCGUUAUCUACAAUGUGAAUAAAGCUCAACAUUUAAAGAGAGUCGCUUUAACCCACAGACAAAAAGUGAAGUCUCUUUACAAAGAGGCUUUAAAAGUAAUCAGAUUUGAUACUCCUGAUGUAUUGGAAUCUAGAGAGAAAGCCUGUGAAUUACGAAAACGCUUCGACGAUAAUAAAGAUGUUAAAGAUUUCCGACUGGCCAAGAAGCUUCUUCAAGAUGGACAGCAAGAAUUACUAGUCAACGGGAUGUGUGAACAAGUAAAUUUCACAUAUUCACCUCAUGGAACAGCAUAUCAACAAAGUCCAACAGCAAAUGAUGUUCUUCUUGAUUAUUGGCAUCCAUACGAGAAGGCGAUGUAUCCCUAUUACUUUGCCCGUCGAGAGGAAAGAAAACAAGAAUACAUCAAACUAUUUGAAUCUGAAUUCGGAGACGCAGAGAAAUUAAUUGGUGUAGAGCAAAAGAUUGAUUAUGCCGAUUUCAUGGAAAAUUUUGAUAAAAAUCUAGACACAAAAUCUACAGAAAACAAGUAGAAAUAAUUAAAAUCUUUCCAAAUGUCUCUUAAUGGUAAGAAAUAAAGGAUUUUAGCUUUAGAAAAGCGAAACAAGAAAAACUGAAACUCUCAAAUUCUUCAGGUAACAAUAAUACAAAAGAGAACAAGAAAAUUAAUCAAAUGUAACAUAAAUUCAAUUAAGUCAUAUAAUACAAAAAAGAAAUCAAAUAAAGUGAUUAUAUCACAAAAGGAA